AUGAGUGCUGACGCCGGGCAGCUCCCGGCCCAGGCGGCUGGGAUGCCCCUCUGGACCGUAUCCAGCUGGGCCGCCUCUGAGGUGCCCCCCAACACCAGCGCAGCCACGGGGGAGGCUGGUCAGCAGCAGGGGCUGGCAGAGUGGGGCGGCAAGGCAGGUGAGAUCGCGGGCAUGGUGGUGAUCCAGUGCAUCUACGCCCUGGUGUGCUUGCUGGGGCUACUGGGCAACUCCCUGGUGAUCUUCGUCAUUCUGCGCUACGCCAAGAUGAAGACGGCCACCAACAUCUACCUGCUCAACCUGGCCAUCGCCGAUGAACUCUUCAUGCUCAGCAUCCCCUUCGUGGCCACGUCGGCCGCCCUGCACCACUGGCCCUUUGGCCGGGCCCUGUGCCGCACUGUGUUGGGUGUCGAUGGGCUCAACAUGUUCACCAGCGUCUUCUGCUUGACCGUCCUCAGCCUGGACCGUUACAUCGCGGUGGUGCACCCGCUGCGAGCAGCCACCUACCGCCGUCCUCGGGUGGCCAAGAUAGUCAACGGGGGGGUGUGGCUCCUUUCUUUGCUAGUGGCUUCACCCAUCCCUAUCUUUGCCGGUACGGCAACCACACGUGAUGGCCAGGCGGUGGCCUGCAACCUUCUGUGGCCAAGCCCGGCCUGGUCGGCCGCUUUUGUGGUCUACACCCCCUUGCUGGGCUUCCUGCUGCCGGUGUUGGCCAUGGGGCUGUGCUACCUGCUGAUCGUUGGCAAGAUGCGGGCAGUGGCACAGCGGGUGGGCUGGCAGCAACGCCGGCGCUCCGAGGGCAAGCUGACACGGCUGGUGCUGAUGGUGGUUGCCAUGUUUGUGGUCUGCUGGAUGCCCUUCUACGUGGUGCAGUUGGUCAACCUCCUGUUGCCCGGCCGCCUGGAUUCCACCGUCAACAACGCCUCCCUCAUCCUCAGCUACUCCAACAGUUGCGCCAACCCCAUCCUCUAUGGCUUCCUCUCCGAAAAUUUCCGUCACUCCUUCCACGGCGUGCUGCGCCGCUGCCUCGACGCCAGCCUCUGCUGCUGCCACACCGGGUCGGGGGAUGCCAAGGAGGAGGAUGAGGAUGACGAAGAGCCCCUCGACUACUGCGCCGCGCCCCGAGGGGACGACAAGGGCAAGGGCUGCAUGUGUCCCCCCCUGCCCUGCCAGCAGGAGCCUGUACACCCCGAGCCCUGCUGCAAGCCCGGACCCCUCCUCACAAAGACCACCACCUUCUAG